GCGCAAAAUUUAGUCUCACACAGAGGCUUUGCGGCUGCUCCAUGGUGACCUUUUUUUCAACAGUAGUGAGCUGUGACUGUCAAUUUUUCACUUUGUCAAUGGAAAAACAAACCUACAAAACCCUAGCUCCAGCUCCUCUCUAAACCCUUGCAGUAAUUUACGAUUCUGCCACUGGUUCAGCUUCAUAGAAAUUAUCUCUGCUUAGUGUGAUCGAUAGCGAGAGAGAAGAGGAGUUUUUAGUAAUUUUACGGUGAUGGCGGAGGUUGAAGGCGGUGAUGAUCAGAAGGAGGUUGAUAAUAGUAUUAACAGCAGCAGUAGUAGUGGUGGUGGUGGUGGUGUUAGUAAGUCUGCUUGGAAAACUCCGGUAGUAGCUGAUGCUCCGGUGAUCAGCGCCGAGUCUUGGCCUGCACUUACUGACGCUCAGCAAUUGCCGCGCUCCAAAAGUACCGAGUCUGUCCCUAAACCCGUGGCUCCGCUGACGGAGCAGGGGUCAACUGGGCAACAGAAAUCAUAUGGUACUGGAAACUCUAAUUCUUCAAGUAAAUAUUCGUCAUCAAGACAUCAGAAGCCAGGCUCUAAGCGCAACCACAUUAGUGCACCUCAUUACGCUGCACCCUUCCCUUACCAGCAACCAUCCAUUCCACCAGUCUUUCAUGCUAUGCCACCUCCACCGCACAUUGCUGUUUCUGGAUAUGCUUACCAGCCUGGUCAUGCGCCUUUUCCAAGUGUUGAAACUAAUCUGGUUAAGUCUGGACCUGAUUCAUCCACCGUACAGCCUUUUGCACCUCCUGUAAAUGUUCCACCUCCACCAAGAGGUGAUCCCAAUGCAUAUGUUGUCAAUGUUUCAAGACGACCCAUUGUGCAAGAACCUGGUGGCCAUUUAAAUCCCUCAUGGAACCAACGAGGAUUUAGUCCCAGAGAAAACAUUGCUUUUCAUCAGGGUAUGGGACCAAGGCCUUUAAUGAGGCCUCCUUUUAUUGCUUCUCCAGGCUUCAUGAUGGGUCCAACCUUUUCUGGGCCACCUAUAUGUUAUAUUCCUGUUCCACCUCCAGGUUCUCUAAGAGGAGGGCAGCCGCCAUGUUUUAUGCCUUAUCCUACAGGCCCAGGGGCUCUUAUAGUUCCCCAAGAAACACUGAUGCUGAGGGAUGGCGUAAUAAGACAAAUAGAGUAUUAUUUCAGUGAUGAAAAUCUGAAGACCGAUCAGUACCUAAUAUCCUGGAUGGAUGACCAGGGAUGGGUUCCUAUUUCCAAAGUAGCCGACUUUAAAAGGGUUAAGAAAAUGACUACAGACAUACCAUUUAUCCUUGAUUCUCUGCUAAGUUCGAGCACAGUGGAAGUGCAGGGUGAUAAAAUUAGGAGACGCGAUGAAUGGUCAAAAUGGAUUGCAGCUUCCAAAGAACAUUCAUCAGUGUCAAAAACUUCGACUUUCGAGUCCCAACCUGUAGAGCCCGUAUCUGAAGGAAAUGCACGAACUGUCUCGGAAGAAAAUCUUAACUUUUCAUCAAUGAGCGCAUGUCCUGUGAAGCACAGCUUGCCAAAUGGCAAUGCCUCAGAAAUAACGAGUGCUGCUAAAAUGGAAGGCGAUAAUGCUGAAAUACAUGCAGUGAGUGGUGGAAACAAGGAUAGUCAUGAAGAGUCAGUUACUGCCUUGAACAGUAACCUCUCAGAUCUUGGAACUAGCUAUGAUGCUCUAUACCCAGGCCAUGCACAAAGAUCUGACUCUGCAGUUUCUAGUUAUAGUGGAGCUGAAAGCGUCAAAUAUAUAUCAGAUACGACUGUACAUGAUGUUGGCGAUCUGUCGAAUGAUUUCGGAAACACAUUUAUGCUUGAUGAAGAGUUAGAGCUUGAGCAUAAAAUGCAGAAGAACGAUGGGGUUUCUUCUAUAAGAAGGAUUGAUGAUGAAGAAGAUGAAAUGCUGGUCAAUGAUCAUGAUGUUCAGAGGCUGGUGAUUGUCACCCAGAAUAGUAGAACAUGUGAAGGAACCAAAGCUGGCAGUAAAGAAUCUGAAUUUUUUUCCGAAGAGCAAGCCAUUGCAAUUAAUGAUGGCCUCUAUUUCUUUGAGCAGGAGCUUAAAAAUAAGCGAUCCAGUCGCAAAAAGAAUAGUUCUAGUUUUGAAAACAAAGAAGGGAACACGAGAUUUUGUGUUAGUGCUCCAGGAAUCUCAAAUUCGAAGAGUGGUACUGGAAGUGGUGGCCAUUUGGAGUCUGGAAGCUCUAAUAAUUCAAGGAAACAGGCUAAAGGUUUUUCAAAACCGCAUUCAUCCUAUAAGCAACGCUUCUUCUCCAGCAACUUUAGGAAUCAUGGAACUGCUCGUAAUUCUUUUGGGGCUGUAUCAGAAAGCCCGCCAAGUAAUUCAGUGGGAUUUUUCUUUGGCUCUACACCUCCUGAAACUCAUGGGCCCCGGUCCUCAAAGUUGAGUGCUUCACCACAUAGCAUUCUCUCAAGUGGAAGUCCACCUAUAGGUUCCAUGCCAAAGUCAUUUCCACAGUUUCAGCAUCCAAGCCAUCAACUUUUAGAAGAAAAUGGGUUUAAACAGCAGAAAUACCUGAAGUUUCAUAAGCGGUGCUUGAGUGAUAGAAAGAAAAUGGGAGUUGGUUGCAGUGAGGAAAUGAAUACGCUUUAUAGGUUUUGGACAUAUUUUCUUAGAAAUAUGUUUGUUAGUUCAAUGUAUAAUGAGUUCCGAAAGUUUGCUUUGGAAGAUGCUGCUGCUAAUUACUACUAUGGCAUGGAGUGCCUUUUUAGGUUUUAUAGUUAUGGAUUGGAGAAUAAUUUCCGAGAGGACUUAUACAGAGAUUUUGAAGAGCUCACUCUGGAGUUCUAUCGAAAAGGCAAUAUUUAUGGCCUAGAGAAAUAUUGGGCAUUCCACCAUUAUCGUGGGAAACGCGAACCACUGAAGAAACAUGCAGAAUUGGAUAGAGUGCUCAGGGAAGAGUACCGUAGCUUGGAGGACUUCCGUGCCAAGGAGAAGAGCGUUAAAGAGGCGAGUCAGUAGCUGGCAACGUUGCUCAUUUCUCAGCUGUGACAUUCUCCCGAUUUUGACAUUCAACUCGGAUAGAGCAAGGAGUACGAUUUGGCGUUUAUUUUGUCAGAGAGAAAGGAAGGUUUUUGUGUAUUUUAUUGUGGAAGCUGUCUCCUGCACCUCGAAGGGCUGCUCACUGCUGAGGUUUGUUCUGGUCUAUUUACUCACCAUUUUGGCCUGUGUUUUUUUGUCUUCCUGAGAUUCUUGCUCUGGUACAAUUUUUCCAUGGAUUAUCUGAAGCUCAAAGAGGUACCUGCUUGUUCACUGUCUCUAGAGUUCCCCUUGUUGUAAUUUGUAUAUAGAACCAAAAAAAAAAAAAAAAAUUUGAAAAAUGAAAAAAAAAAUGUAGCGACAAUCUGAGAAUUGAAUAAAUAGAGAUUCAAAUUUUAUUUUAUUUUCAAAAACACA